AUGAUUUUAGGUAUUCUCUUAUCAGUAUAUGUUCCAAACAGUAGUAAAGCAUUUGAAGGAGCUCAAAUUAUUGGUGUUUCAGUUCCCUUGGCUAUUGGUUUAAUCGUAAUGAUGAUUCCACCAUUAUGUAAAGUUGAAUGGGAAAACUUUUUCACUUUCUUUUCAAGAACUAAAUAUUUACGUCCUAUUAUUAUCUCCCUUGUAUUAAAUUGGAUAAUAUGUCCAUUUUUAAUGUUUGGAUUAGCUUGGAUGACCCUUUUUGCUCAUGAUGAAUAUAGAACUGGAAUUAUCAUGAUUGGUUUAGCUAGAUGUAUCGCUAUGGUCUUGCUUUGGAAUGAUAUCGCCCUUGGUGAUAAUACUUUAUGUGCUGUUAUUGUAUUAAUUAAUAGUUUAUUACAAGUGGUUCUUUAUGCUCCAUAUCAAUUAUUCUUCUGUUACGUUAUAACUGGUGAUCAUUCAAAUAUCGAUGCUGGAUUAUCAUACCCCUUAGUUGCUAAAAGUGUUGCAUUCUUUUUGGGUGUUCCAUUAGGUUUUGGGGUGGUUAUUAGAUUUAUGUCCCUUUGGAUCCUUGGUAGAAAGAAAUAUGAAUCCAAAUUAUUACCUUGGAUUGCCCCAUGGGCAUUAAUUGGAUUGUUAUAUACUAUUGUGGUUAUAUUUAUUGCCAAGGGGCACGAAUUCAUUAAAGAAAUAAGAUCAGCUUUAUUAUGUUUCAUCCCAUUGAUUAUUUAUUUCACUGUAACUUGGUUCGGGACCUUCUUUUUAUUAAGAUGGAUCUCAAAACCAACCACUCCACAAUCUGAUGAGACACACGCAACACCAAGAACAAGUGAAGAUGAAUCAAAACAAUCAUUGCUUUGUGGAUGUGAAGAAAAAAUUGAGAAAAAUCCACAUAAAUGGCAAAAAGGUUGUUCAGCAAACUAUGCCGAAACAAUAACUCAAACUUUUACUGCUGCUUCUAAUAAUUUUGAAUUGAGUUUGGCAGUAGCUAUUUCGCUUUAUGGAUCAGGAAGUAAACAAGCCAUUGCUGCUACUUUUGGUCCACUUUUGGAAGUGCCUAUUUUGUUGAUUCUUGCGUUUUUAGCUAGAUAUUUUAGAGUGAAGUUUAUUUGGAGUGAUGUCGACGAUAAUGAAGAAGAAGAAGAAGAAAGAGAGGUAAUGGUGGAUACCGAAUAG